AUGAUGCGGGCAUUUCGCAGGUUUCCGCUGGCCAAGGCAGCCAAGGUUGUCCAGCAGCGGGCCCUGCCAGCACAGUACGCCCGCGCUUUCUCGGCCCAGCCGGAAGCGUUCAAGGCGGCUUACGAGGCUCAUGUGGCCGACCGCGCCGCAGAAGGCGGCCUGCCACCUUUAGCCUUGGAUUCCAGCCAAGCCGAAUCUGUGGUCGAGAUGCUGAAGAAGGCUCCUGCCGAUGGUGCUUUUUACGUUGACCUCCUACGCAACCGGGUGAACCCGGGUGUCGACGACUCCAGCUAUGUGAAGGCAAACUUUCUCCGCGACAUCAUCCAUGGCACCGUCUCGACACCGUUGGUUUCCAAGGCGGAUGCAGUGGAGAUGCUCGGAUGGAUGCAGGGAGGUUACAACGUCGCUCCACUUGUGGAGGCCCUGGACCUCGACCAGGACCUUGCCUCUGGCGCCGUGACCGGCCUCAGUCGCAUGAUCUUGAUGUUCGACGCGUAUCAUGACGUCGAGGACAAGAUGAAGAAGGGAAAUCCUUUUGCCAAGCAGGUGAUUGAGUCCUGGGCAAAUGCUGAUUGGUUCACAAGUCGCCCCACAGUCCCGGAGAAAGUGACUUUGUGCGUCUUCAAGGUUACCGGUGAGACAAACACCGAUGACCUGUCGCCGGCCCCGGACGCCUGGUCACGUCCAGACACUUGGUCCUAUGAGUACGCUUUGUUUCGUUUUUCGACAGGGCCGGGCAAGGGUUCAAGAAAUUCUAGGCUGUUGGAGGGUUUAAAGGGGGCAAUUCAGGACAUCCCCCUGCACGCCUUGGCAAUGCUGAAGUUUCCUCGAGACGGCAUCACCAAUGCCGCGCAGCAGAUUGCAGACCUGAAAACGAAGGGUCACCAGCUCGCCUAUGUCGGAGACGUUGUGGGCACUGGCUCUUCGCGCAAGUCGGCUACAAACUCUAUCCUUUGGUACAUGGGCCAGGAUAUCCCUUGCGCCCCGAACAAGCGCACCGGUGGCUUCGUGAUUGGCGGCGUUAUCGCGCCCAUCUUUUUCAAUACCAUGGAGGACUCCGGUGCACUACCCUUGGAGAUGGAUGUCAAGGACGUGAACAUGGGUGACCUCAUCGACCUUUGCGUGUAUGACCAAGUUAUCAAGAAGCAUGGUACGGACGAGGUCAUCACCAAGUUCGACCUGAAGCACGGGCUGAUGCUGGACCAGGUGCAGGCGGGCGGCCGCAUCCCGCUGAUUAUCGGCCGUGGGCUCACCAACAAGGCCCGUGAGAGCCUGAAUUUGGGCAUGUCCACCACCUUCAAGCAGAUGGCUCAGCCAGAUGUGAAUGUGAAGGGUUUCACAUUGGCCCAGAAGAUGGUUGGCAAGGCCUGUGGCGUUGAUGGUGUGGUGCCCGGUGCUUACUGCGAGCCCCGCAUGGGGACGGUGGGCUCCCAGGACACCACCGGGCCCAUGACCCGCGAUGAGCUUAAGGAUUUGGCUUGCUUGGGAUUCCAGGCGGACCUCGUGAUGCAGUCUUUCUGCCACACUGCUGCCUACCCGAAGCCUGUGGAUGUUAUCACGCACCGCACCCUGCCCAAGUUCAUCGCCGACCGCGGCGGUGUUGCCCUGCGCCCGGGCGACGGGAUCAUCCACUCCUGGCUGAACCGAAUGCUUCUGCCAGAUGAGGUCGGAACUGGAGGAGACUCUCACACUCGCUUCCCUUUGGGCAUCUCCUUCCCGGCCGGCUCCGGGCUGGUGGCUUUCGGCGCUGCCACCGGCGUGAUGCCCCUGAACAUGCCCGAGUCGGUUCUGGUCCGCUUCAGUGGCAAGAUGCAGCCGGGGGUGACCUUGCGGGACCUGGUCCAUGCCAUCCCGUACUAUGCCAUCCAGCAGGGGCUGCUGACCGUGGAGAAGAAGGGGAAGAAGAACAUCUUCAACGGCCGCAUCUUGGAGAUCGAGGGCUUGCCGGACCUGAAGUGCGAGCAGGCCUUCGAGCUGUCGGAUGCCUCGGCGGAACGCUCGGCGGCGGGCUGCACCAUCAAGCUGAACGAGGACUCCGUCAAAGAGUACCUGACUUCCAACAUCACGUUGCUCAAGUGGAUGAUCUCCGAGGGCUACAGCGACCCCCGAACGCUGGCCCGCCGUGUCAGCAAGAUGGAGAAGUGGCUCGAAAGCCCCACUCUCCUUGAGGCGGACAAAGAGGCCGAGUAUGCCGCAGUGAUCAACAUCAACCUGGACGAGCUGAAGGAGCCGGUUCUCUGUUGCCCCAACGAUCCCGACGAUGCCAAGACUCUCACUGAGAUUGGAACCGCGGGAAUUGAUGAGGUGUUCAUUGGCUCUUGCAUGACGAACAUCGGCCACUACCGCGCAGCUGGAAAGAUGCUGAGCCAGUUCGACGGCCAGUUGUCCACUCGCUUGUGGAUCGCGCCCCCCACCAAAAUGGAUGAGGAGCAGCUCACCAAGGAGGGCUACUACUCCAUCUACGGCAAGGUGGGUGCCCGUACCGAGAUGCCAGGAUGCUCCCUCUGCAUGGGAAACCAGGCACGCGUGGCCGACAACGCCACGGUUGUCUCGACUUCCACUCGCAACUUCCCCAACCGUCUGGGUAAGGGCGCCAACGUCUACUUGGCAUCGGCAGAGCUCGCAGCAGUCGCCGCCAUUCUCGGGCGGUUGCCAACCCAGGAGGAGUACCUGAAGUAUCACGCGGAGCUCGCCAAGAACGAGGACUCCAUCUACAAGUACUUGAACUUCGACCAGGUAGAGGAUUAUGUCGCGAAGGCUGACAAGGUCCAAAUGUCCGAGUACUCCUAA